AAAGAAGCAUCACACCACGUGAGAAGUAUUUCAGCCUAUCAGAUGUGUUGUUUAAUAUGUGGCCGAGACUCCUAAAACCACCCGUUAUUCUCCUUAUCAUAAGACGAAGCAGGUGACCAUGCAACCUAUGAAUAUGUACAUGGUUCCAAAUACAGGGAUACCUGGAUGUCCACCUGGAUUGGAGUAUUUAACACAGGUAGAUCAGCUUCUCAUUAAACAGAAAGUAGAGGUUAUAGAAGCAUUGGUAGGCUUCGAGAGCAACAAUAAAUAUGAGAUCCGUAACUCUGUGGGUCAGAGUGUUUACUAUGCGGUGGAGGAGAACGACUGCCUCACGCGUCAGUGCUGCGGCCCGCUGCGAUCUUUCACCAUCCGUGUCAUCGAUAACUUUGGACAAGAAAUCAUCACAGUUGACCGUCCACUGAAAUGCAUGUCCUGUUUCUUUCCAUGCUGUCUGCAAGAGAUGGAGAUUCAGGCUCCUCCAGGAAACACAGUUGGAUAUGUUCGGCAGCAGUGGCACCCUUUCCUCCCCAAGUUCACAGUAGAGAAUGAGCGUAGGGAGCCGGUUCUCAAGCUCCAGGGACCUUUCUGUGGCUGGAGCUGCCUGCCAGACGUGGACUUUGAGAUCCUGACUCUGGAUGAAGUCAGUAUCGGGAAGAUAAGCAAACAGUGGACAGGUCUUCUCCGAGAGGUAUUCACGGACUCAGACAACUUUGGGAUCCAGUUCCCCAUGGAUCUUGAUGUGAGAAUGAAGGCAGUGAUGAUUGGGGCCUGCUUCCUCAUUGACUUCAUGUUUUUUGAGACAAACAACUAACUGCUACGCAAAAGAUUGAGAGAAUGGCAUGAUGUUUGGAUCUGUGGUAAUGGGUGAAAAUGGAAAAAAAUACUUAUACACAUUGUUCAUAUGUGACAUCAACUGAAAUGCAUGUGAAUAUAGUGUAGAUAGUUCUGGUUGUACUGAAUAAAGCGUAUUGUUUAUUUUUAUAUACAUGUAACAGAUUAUUCUAAACCAUAAAUGGCUUUUUAAAGGAAUAGCUCACCCAGAGAUUAAAUAUUUGCUCACCCUUACGUUGUUCCAAAUCCAUACUGGAAACUGAGCAUAAAGGUGACACUGUUUUCCAUACAUUAUAAACCAUAAAAUCAAUAUAUCUCAUGCCCUAUAUUCCAAGUCUUCUAAAGCCAUAUGAUACCUUUAAUGAACAGACUUAAACAGAUAUACUGUUAGGAUCAGUAAGAUGAACCUCUAGGAUUAUGCAUAUUAAAUGUUGCUGUAAUUGUCGUUCUGAAUGACCUGAAAUUUACAACAAUAAAACAGAAAGCGUUUGUAAUUUAAAACAUAGUAAUUUCUAAUUGUGAAAUAGCAUAUUUUGUCUUUGUUUAGUGUCAACAUGUUUUUAACUAAUUUGUGAGAUUUUCUUUUGUUUUUUGUGUAUUUUUUAGUACUACUCAAUAUUUCCAGUAGAUGGCAAUGUUUAUCUAUAAGUUUACUCAAAUACUUAGUUCUUGUGUUUGGAAAUGAAUUGUUAAAAGUUAUGACUCAGGUAUGAAAACCACAAUGCUUGCAAUUAAACCAUUUCUAUGAGCCUUUACAAAUUUCUGUUUUACAUAAUUCAUGUCUUAUAACAGAAUGAAUGCCAAGAAAAAAACUGCACUUGUUCUGUUUUUUAAAUCUUAUUUUGUCACAUUUCUGACAUUGACGUUGUAUUAAAAUGGUCCAUACACUGCCAAACAUAGUUUUAUAAAUGAGACAUUCUUAUUUAUUUUUGUCUAACUAUUGUGUUGCCAUCCAACUGCUGUUUCUUUCACUUUUAGUUGUACCUCACCAUGGCUUUAAUACAGUUGUCAUGUUAACCUACAACGCCUUAACUGAGAUGGUAUUUUGGGGGGAGGAAUGCAUAACAUUUUUGGAUGGAAUGAAUCUGUUUUUUUCUGAAACUGUAAUCAAAAAGCCGGCCUCUUAAUGAGCUGUGAAUUAGGAACAACACAAAUA